AUGACACCGAACAAUAUCUCAGAAUGGAACAGCGGCCAGAUUCCAGCCGAUGCAAACAACUUAGCUGACUGGACUUUCGACAUAAACGAAAUGGCCGAUUUUGAUUUCGGAGAUAUACCGCAAAUGGCGCCAGUUGUACACCCGCCAUUCAUCCUCUCCAGUCCUACCCCCUCCCAACCCUUCAACUUUCAAACACAACGCAAUACCUUGAGCUCUGAUGAUCCAUUCAAAUCACCAAUCAAUCGCCCAACGCUCCAAUUCAAUAAUAAACGAAGACGUCCACCCAGCCAUUCAGAACCCCAUAUCAACUCACCAAAAGAAGCUAUCCAAAAAGCUAGAAGUCUACUCAUUCUAGCUGCCUCCCUGGAAGAGGAUACCGAAGAACAAUCGAAAGUCCUAGACUUAAUCGAAAUAUUUCGUGAAUAUCUUGAAAAAGGAAAACUCACAAAAGCCUCAAAUAUCAUCAUAUCACAAAUCUCCCAUCUAGAAAAUGCCACCAAACGGAUCGAAAAGCAAGCCAACCAUCUUUCAAACCUUCCCAGUCAUAUGAUCCCCCCCACAAUAAACGCCCCUGGAACCAAAGCCAGCUAUGCCACUAUCACCAAAACCUCAGGAGAAUGGAACCUAGUUACAAAGGCAAAACCCACAAAACAGAAAACUACAGAACAAAAGGAAGAAGCCCCAAGCAAACGACUAAUCCUCAUCAAACCUCUUAUUUAUCAGCCACCCUCUUUUACACCAUUAAAUACAAGGAAUAAAGUCAACGAAGCCUUCAAGAAAGCAGGAAUCAAUAGACCAGUCAUCUCAGCCAUCACUACUACAAGGAGCGGCAAUUUUAUACUAACCACUAACAGCCCUUUCAAUGCACAAUUCCUGAUGGAAAAGAAGGAAAUCUGGGACAAAAUCCUUGAUGCUGAAAGAAUACAAAUCGAUAAACCCUGGCAUAAAGUCAUCAUUCACAAAAUCCCAAUUCAGGAAUUCUCAGGUCUGAAAGACGGAGCAAUAGUCAUUGCAUUUGCUACACAAAAAGAAGCAGAUAUAACUAUCCAGAAAAGGCUAUAUAUUGCAGGCAUUAGUGUUAGAGUAGAAAGAUUCUAUCCAUCUACUCCUUCAUCCCAAUGUAACAGAUGCCAGGGAUUCGGCCAUAACGAAUCAUACUGCAAAAAACCUCCAGCUUGCGGACUUUGCAGUAAUAAUCAUGCUACAGUCGGUCAUUUCUGUAUAAUCUGCCAAGCAAAAGGCAAACCAUGUCAAUAUCUAAGUGUCAAAUGUGUUAAUUGUAAAGGAGAACACAAAGCCAACUCGAAAUCAUUCAAGAACCCUGGAUCCUCUCGAAUCCUGAGAAAGACUUCUCCUCAACCAGAUCUAUUGCCCACUCCAGCUUCUCUCAACUCCUCCCAAAUAAUCCUUCGAACCUGCGUCCCCGAACUAUGA